UCGUUCCUUUAGAACCCUUCACCGGAAAAAAAGAAACAUCCAACAGAUCUCUCACCGCUAAAUUCUUACUCAAAUAACUCCACUUUGAUCGUCGAUGGCCAUGGAAGACAAUGAAAGUUGUGGCAGUCGAGCCGUGGAAUCGCCCAAAAAGAGCCGACAACGACGUCAGAAACUCGAGGUUUAUAACGAUGUUCUCACUCGAUUGUACGACAUGAAUCAUGAAGAUACCAAACAUCCUGAUUUCGAAGACCAGUUAUGGAUUCACUUUAAUCGCCUUCCUCCGAGAUAUGCGCUGGAUGUGAACGUAGAGAGAGCUGAAGAUGUGAUCACGCACAAGAGGGUUUUGCAGAUGGCCGAAGAUCCUGCCAACAGACCUGCAUUUGAAGUCCGCUUAGUGCAGGUCCAUCCUACCUCAGAUGGGAACACACCUGAUUUGGACAACAUGGAAUUUUCAAUGAAAGAAGAUGCUCAAAGUCCUUCAACUUACAGCAGCAGAAGCGGAUUGCACCCCCCGUCUUUUGGCUCUGCACCAAAUCUUGAAGCGCUUGCACUUAAAGCCAAUAAACAUCAUGACAGUUAUGCUGACAAUGAUGUGACUUCAACUUCAGUAUUUUCUAGGCCUAUGCAUGAGAUCACGUUUUCAACGAUAGACAGGCCAAAGCUCCUAAGUCAGUUGACUUCCUUGCUUUCCGAGGCUGGAUUGAAUAUUCAAGAAGCACAUGCUUUUUCCACUGCUGAUGGCUUCUCCUUGGAUGUCUUUGUUGUUGAUGGAUGGCCUCAUGAGGAAACUGCAGAGCUCAGAAAUGCAAUAGCAAAGGAGAUUAUGAAGGCUAAGGGGGAGCCUUAUCUUGAAAAGCACUCAUCAUCUGCUAUAAGCAAACCUGUUCCAAUACCAAGCGACUCUGUGUCUUUGAAUGAUCAUGUUAAGAUACCUACUGAUGGAACUGAUGUAUGGGAACUCGAUGCCAGUAUGCUGAAAUUUGAAAAUAAAGUUGCAUCUGGUACUUUUGGUGAUCUAUAUAAAGGCACAUAUUGUAGUCAGGAAGUGGCUAUUAAAGUUCUCAAGCCAGAACGAAUUGAUUCAGACAUGCUAAAAGAAUUCUCUCAAGAAGUUUUUAUUAUGAGGAAGAUUAGACACAAGAAUGUUGUCCAAUUCAUUGGAGCAUGUACAGAACCUACGAAACUGUGCAUUGUAACUGAGUUCAUGGCACGUGGAAGCAUAUAUAACUUUCUGCACAAGCAGAAUGGUUCUUUUAAGCUUCCUUUGUUACUGAAAAUGGCGAUUGAUAUAUCCAAGGGCAUGAGCUACCUGCACCAAAAUAAUAUUAUUCACAGGGACUUGAAAACUGCCAAUCUUCUCAUGGAUGAACACGAAGUUGUCAAGGUUGCUGAUUUUGGAGUGGCCAGGGUUCAGACUCAGUCUGGAGUAAUGACUGCAGAAACUGGAACAUACCGUUGGAUGGCACCUGAGGUUAUCGAGCACAAACCAUAUGAUCAUAAAGCAGAUGUUUUCAGUUUUGGGAUAGUGCUAUGGGAGCUUUUAACGGGCGAAGUUCCUUACUCAUACUUAACCCCAUUACAAGCAGCGGUUGGCGUUGUACAACAGGGUUUACGACCUACAAUCCCUAAGCAGACUCAUCCAAAGCUCACCGAGUUGCUCGAUAGCUGCUGGCAACAAAACCCGGCAUCAAGACCCGAUUUCACCCAAAUUCUGGACAAACUAAAGCAAUUAGCAAAAGAGGUUGGAAACGGGGGAGAAGGGCAAAAGGAGAAAUCGAUGGGUGGAUUUUUCGCUGGUUUUAAAAAAGGGCAUCAUCACUGAGGCAGGCAGCAGCCAACAGUUGGUUCUUCCUUUGUAAUUUGUGUAAUCAUCAUGAUGAUGUUUUUCAUGCACAAACUCCUCUGCUCAUAUUAUACUGUAGAGUGUUGUUUUUAUUCUAAACCCCAUCUUCUUAUGUUUUCAUUAUUAUAUGAUUCCCAUGUAUUUUUAUUACCCUGGGUUUGUUACUCAUUCAAACUUUACGGUAGAAUAUUGUAAAAGUACAUAAAAUACAACUUUUAUGGCUA